AUGUGUGAAAAAGUACUUCAGCUUAAGGAAGGCGCCCAAGUCAUGUUUAUCAAAAAUGUCCAGGACCUAGUCAAUGGUUCCAUUGGAAACGUCGUGUGUUUUUCUACACCCAAGUUAUGGGAAGCGACGGAAAAUGGAUAUCGCUAUGACAGGCUAGAUGUACUGGAGCCGCAAAUAGUCGCUGAAUUACGGCUUCUCAGCUCUCGUGUCGGACGUCCCGAAGUUCAAUGGGGACCUGAUGAGAUGCAGCUCUACAACCUGAUUCCCUACGACCGAAAGUCCAUGUUUGAGAGCUUGCUCAAUUUAGCAGGCAAAGAGUUUGAGAACGAUCUCCUCCCAAUAGUAAAGUUCAAGCUUGGAGACAGAAAUGAAAUAGUCAAAUUGAUUCCAAAGGAAGAGUUCAUUAUUGACAUUGUGCCUAACGCACUGAGCCCCAGCAACCAAAUUGUGAGGACGCAAUUACCAUUAUUGUUGUCCUGGGCAAUGUCUAUCCACAAAGCCCAAGGGCAAACCAUUGACCGUCUAAGAAUUGACUUGAGAAAAGUUUUUGAGAAGGGACAGGUCUAUGUUGCAUUAUCAAGAGCCAUCAACAAGGAGCAUUUGGAGAUCUUAAAUUUUGAUCCUCAUAGGAUUACAACAUCACAAGAAGUCAAACGGUUUUAUAAAGGGUUAGAACAAGUACAGCAUUAG